GCGGGUUGCUGUCUGCUAUUCCUAUGCGGCAAAUCGAUCUGUCAAACUGGUUCAAACAAUUUUUUAUUUUUUUGUAAUAUUUACAGUUGUUUUUAUUUUUUUUUCGAAAAAUAUUUUAGACAUCUAUCAAGAUGGACGAAUUUCCUGAUCCAGAUGAAGAAUUUGAUUUAGCACACGAAGAUGAUUUUGAAUUAUUAAGAGAAUUAGAAGAAUUUGGAGAACCUCCAGUUAAAAAAAUAUCAAAUAAGCCUUCUGAACAACCAAAGACAUUAGUUACAUCAACACAAAUUCAUCAUCAACAAUCAUCAAAAAAUGUGUCUGAAAUUCAAAAAAACACUUCUAAUUUACCAAUGGCAAAUGGUUUAUCUCAAAAUAAUUCUCAACUUUUCGACUCAAUUCCAUUUAGUGAAUUUACACAAGAAACACAAACGAAUCACAAACAGGAUUUAUCCAAAAAAAUAAAUAAUGUUUCUGACUCUAGAGCUCUUGAGAGUAGAUGUCGUAGUGAAAUUAAAAAAAUGGACAAGAAACAAAAGCGAACAGUUGAUGAAUUAUUAGAAGACGUUAGCGCUCUUCUUAGUGGUGAAAAUCUGGAAAAUUCCUAUUUAUUUGAACCAGAACUAAUUGAACAAGAAAAUAAGAGACCUCGUUGGACCGAUUAUGAAGAAGUAAGAAAAUUAAUUUUACAAGAGAGGAAAUUAUAUAACUCUCGUGAUACAACUGGAUUGUCAAAUAAUAAUCGUCCUGCUCAACGUUUGAGUCCUAAGAAAGGUACAAUAUCAACAACAAUUCCACCAUGGAAUUUUGUAAAAAUUACACGAAAUAAAGAUGGUAAAUCUUUAUAUGUGAAAGUUAAAAAAGAUGAAAAACAAAGUGUUUCUAAAACUCGUCUGACAUCAAAUUUACUUUCCGUUUCUUAUAAUCAAUUGGCAGCUGAAGCAUCAGAAAUUAUAGCUAAGAACAUCGAACGUGCGAGUCUUCAUCAACAAAUACAAAUUGAUGAUGAAAUUAUUGAUGAUGCAUUGUGGGUUGAUAAAUAUAAACCAAAAAAAUAUAUGGAACUACUUUCAGAUGAAGAUAUCAAUAGAAGAUUUCUUCAUUGGUUAAAACUUUGGGAUAAAAUUGUUUUUAAUCGAGAGCCAAAAAAAAUUAAAAAACCUAUACAUCACGAUAUGAAUAAGAAAUUUGGUAGAAAAAAUUUUAAUAAUCAAGAAAUUGUUGAGGAAUUUGAUAGUAAAGGUUAUCCUUUUUAUCGAAUUGUUUUACUUAGUGGACCACCAGGUUUGGGAAAAACAACAUUAGCCCAUAUAUCAGCAAAACAUGCUGGAUACAAUGUUAUUGAAAUGAACGCGAGCAAUGACAGAGAACCAAGUGCUUUUAGAGAAGCUCUUCUUUCGUCAACACAAAUGCAAGCUGUAAUUGGUGCUAAUCCGCGACCAAAUUGUCUUAUUUUAGAUGAAAUUGAUGGAGCACCAAGUGCAUCAAUUGAUCUUCUUAUUAAAUUCAUUCAAGGGAAAUUAGUGCAAAAAGGAAAGAAAAGCAAGCAGACAAUUGAAAAAAUGAAACUUGGUUGCCAGCGACCAGUUAUAUGUAUUUGUAAUGAUUUAUACGCUCCUGCAUUAAGACAAUUGAAAGCAAUGGCAUUAGUUAUUCCCGUUCCAGCAAUUGAGCCAAAAAGAUUGGCGGAUAGAUUAAUGGAAAUAUCACGAAAGGAACAUUUAAAAGUUGAAUAUACUCAUUUAAUUAAAUUAUCUGAGAGAUCAGGUUGCGAUAUUCGAACAUGUCUUGGUGCUUUACAAUACAUGCGAGGUUCAAAUAUUAAAGAAAAUUUAAGUCUUGGACUUAAAGACACGCGAAAGGGACUUUUUGAUUCAUGGAAAACUUUACUUCAAGUGCCAAGUACUCAAAAAGGUUUUCUCACACCAAAAGAAAGAAUAGGACUCGUUUUAAAAACAGUGACUCAAGGUGACAGCGAACGCUUAUGUCAAGGAAUUUUUCAUAAUUAUCCAAUGAUUUGUAAGGAAAAAUUGGAACCUGUAGCAAGAUCUUUAGAGUGGUUUGAAUUUUUUGAUGAAGUUACAAAAAUGAUUUCUGCCCGACAAAUUUGGACUGUGAUGCCAUAUACAAAUUAUGCUUUUGUCAUUUGGCAUUUUGAUUUAGCCAAUCAACAAAAUUCAAAACUCUCAUAUCCAACGACAGUAAAUGAGAUGAAUCAAAAAUUGAUGAGAAAUAAAACAAUUUUAACAAUGUCACAAAAAUCAUGCGGAAUCGAUAAAUUAACAUUGACUCUCGAUAUUGCACCAUUGUUACCUGAGCUUUUAACACCGCGCUUGAGAUCAGUUUCUGCUCAUCUUUAUUCGUGGAAGGAAAAAGCAGAGUUGAUGCAUUUAGUGAACGUCAUGUUGGAUUAUGGACUUACUCUCAUUCAAGAGAAGAAACCAGAAGGAGGAUUUGAAUAUAAUCUCGAACCUGAUCUUUUGCAGAUUGGCAUUUUUCCCGAUUGUAAAUUUAGACGUGGUCUUUCUUAUGCUGUGAAACAAAUUGUUAUUCAGGAAUUAGAAGUUGAACGUGUAAAACGUGCGGCUGCUUUACUUAAUACUUCAAGUAAUAAACAAGUAGUUGAAAAACAAAUGGAAGUGCAAAAUUUGGAGACAUCUAAUGAAAAGGAAGGUGAAUCGACAAGUGCAAUACCAAAUCAUAUGAAGCAGACACUUGAGUCAGUUGCAGUAAAAUCUACUAAAGGGAGCUAUCGAGACUUCUUUAAACAAUUCAAAGACGCAGGUCAAGCAAAAAUUGACAAACAUGUAAAUCCAAUGGAAUCAUCUGUUGAGGAAAAUACUCCUAUUAGCAAAACUCAACUGUUCAAAAAAGACGUUACAUACAAAUUCAAAGAAGGAUACACCAAUGCUGUACGUCGUACAAUCAAAAUGGAAGAUCUUCUAUGAGUAAAUUUACCAUUUAUAGGUUUUGUAUAUAUUUGAACUUUUUUUUUUAGUAUUUAAAGAAUAGAUUUUUAAUUUACAAUACUUUAUAUUCUUUCUUACUACUUUUUUUUAAUACUACUCCUAAAACUAGGAGUUAAGGUUUUUUUUAUUCGAAUUUUUCACUGCCUUAUGUGCCAGAAAAAAAAAAUUGGGAUGAUAAAACUACGAAAGAAUAAAUAUGAAUUUUAUUUUUA